UUGGUUCAUGAUCCAAAUUUCGUCCAGUUCAUUUCCGAGAUCCCGACCGACCGUGUUUCUACUCUAUCCUCGACUCCACCCCGCCGUCCUCCAAUACCAGUGCUAGAUAGCCACUCUUCACGAUCCAUUGUAGACAACCACUCCCAUUCUUCCUCGACCAUUUUGACUACCUUAGACAAUUACUUUACUGAAUCUGUAAAGACUGAGUCGUCGGUAGCAAUCUUAAGAGAAGAUAAAACUUUGGUGACGGAACCAAGAGCUAAACAGCGACCGCCCUCGGUAAGGCGACGAGUUAACGCUUCCUCUCGCCAGCAAGCAGGGAAUCAGAUGCAGAAGUUAUCUUACGGCUUUGAGCGCAACCACUCUACGGACAGCGAAAAUGCUAGCCUUUCGGAUCAGGUAUUUCUUGCCCAGUCAAUCUGUCCCUUCCGUAAAUUGCUUUUCCUGGCUUAA